ACCACUUGAGUUAGAGCGAGGACCAAGCCAAAAAAAGGACAAGGUGGCAAAUGUGGACUUCCUUAGAAGGAAACAAAGUGCAGCAUCCUAAGGAGAUGGAGGAACAAGCCCACACAGGGCCUGAAUCAGGAGAAGGAUCUGGUGGAUCAGGAAGAGACGCUUUUUCAGUCCAUUCUAGUACCGUCCGGGACCUGUCCCGAUGGGCAAUACCGCGACAGGAAGGGAUUCCCCAGCGUUUGGAAGCUCAGUGGCAAGAGUACUUGAAAACAGUCCAGUAUCCCUCUUCAGGCUGGGGAACUUCACAGCUGCCGGACUUGACUUCGUGGGAAGACCUGGCCACAUUUGACCGUGUGGUCGGUGCCUGCCAGUGGUCUAGAGAGGGGAUGAGCCGCCUCAUGCCCACUCUCAGCAUUGAAGCCCAGCAGGCCUUAUGCAGCCUGAAUGCCCGAGACAAAGGAGACCAUGGGAAGGCCAAAGCUACCGCCCAGCGAGGCAGCUCGAGUAGUGCCGAGAUGCAGCGCCAGCGUUUCCGCCAAUUCCGCUACCAGGAAGCCGAGGGGCCUCGCGAGGCCUGCAGCCGGCUACGGGAACUCUGCCAUCGCUGGCUGGAACCGGAGAGCCGCACGAAAGAACAGAUCCUGGAGCUCCUGAUCCUGGAGCAGUUUUUGAUAGUUCUGCCAAAGGAAAUCCAAAACCGAGUCCGGGAACGUGGGCCUGAGACCUGCGCCCAGGCGGUUGCCUUGGCUGAGGGAUUCCUUCUGAGGCAGCAGGAGAGCUUGUUGCAAAGUGAGCCACAGGGCUCUGACUCAUUUCAAGGGACAGCGGUGAAUCUUUCUGAAGGCCAGCGGGCUACGUCUGAUGCCAGACCAAGGCAACUGGCCAAGGAGACCAGGCAGCAGGAUAAUGGGAAGACCGGCUUGCUGGCAUGUAGCUCGCCUUAUUUGUAG